CACCGGUCAACGGAAAGAGCCGAAGAUGUCGGCUCAGUCAUGUGAUCAGCUGUGUCCAAUCACAGCUGAUCACAUCAGUGCCACCUGUUAGUGUCCAUCAGUGCCAGCUGUCAGUGCUUAUCCAUGCCACCUGCUAGUGCCCAUCAGUGCCACAUUUCAAUGCCUACCAGUGCACAUCAAUGCCACAUAUCAGUGCCCAUCUGAGCUGCCUUUCAGUGUCACCUAUCAAUGCCAGUCAGUGCCACCUAUCAGUGCUGCCAAUCAGUGCCACCUAUCAGUGCCAGUCAGUGCCGCCUAUCAGUGCCAGUCAGUGCCGCCUAUCAGUGUGCGUCAGUGCCACCUAUCAGUGCCCGUCAGUGCUGCCUAUCAGUGCCAGUCAGUGCCACCUAACAGUG